AUGGCCGCGCCGCCACUGCCUCAAACGCCCGUCAACAAGUCCCAAGCAGACAAUGGCAACGCCGCGUCUCCGCCCAAGGGACCGCAGUCGCCCGCCUCACAGAGUCGAGAGGAGCAGCGCAUAAACCUUCUUUUCGAGAUCAACGUCGAGCUGCUGCAAGAGGUCAACAGGCUACAGGCUGAGGGCAAAGGCGGCGCUAUCAGUCCGCAGCAAGUCGCCCAGCUCAAAGCGCAAGGACAGCCGGCCGUACAAGCCUCGGAAGAGUACAUCCAAUGCUUGCGGAGGGUGCAAGCAAAUCUCGCAUAUCUGAUGCCCAAAGCACAGCCAGAGCAAGCAAAUCCAGCAAAAGCAUCUCAAGGACCCGCGCACAUGACACCGCCACCCCACAUGCCUCAGCUGCAGGAGAAGUAUGAUCGACUCAAAGUCUUAUUCGAUGGAUGGCCGGGAUUAGACGCCAGGAUGGCUGCUUCAUCUGCAUCGCCCAAGCCGCAACAAACAGGUCCCAACUAGGCAAACGGAGACCAGGAUCGUCGAUAUUCAUGCCUGCUCUGCAAAGGCAUUCGUUCGAUCUGCAAUGGCCAUUCCCUUCCUGUGAAGCACUCAUGAUCAAUGUCUCCAUAUGGUGCUCCUACCCUUCCUCGGUCUACGUCUACUGUGGGAUUUGCUUCACCGAGAGGUUCGACGUCAGACCUAAAUAUGAUUAAAGUGGUCUCCUUCACAUGCCGAAGCGGCUGCAAUGCGGCAAUUGCGACAGAAUGCUGAUCCACUAUCCCGUUGAUUCGAGGCCACAUUAUGAGGGAUUCGAUCGAAAGGAUAGCGCUACCACUUCCCGUGGACGUCGAUCGACUAGGGCUUGAGACGCGGGACAGUACCUGAGAUGUAGGAUGGAGAUCGACUACGCAGAAGUUGCGUCAAGUAGGUCAGGUAGAAUGGCCGGGAUGGGAGAGUGACGAAGUAUUGUUCCACAUUUGGCUCACAAUCAGAACAACGUGCGGUCUCAAAAAAUUUGCACUAGAAGAAUUGGUGUGCUCAUAGCGUUCUGCGCUGCAGAGGAGUCUCAAUUACUUUGCUCCGACCACAUGGGAAGAGACAGCCUUCACACCUACGAGAUCACAAUUUAGCCAGACACAUCAUAGAAUGCAAAAGUAAACUCAUCUCACAAGACG